GGCCUGGCCAUUCGCGACCCGGAGCUGCGCGGGCGCAAGCAAGUAGGGGCUCCCGGUGGGCUGCGGCAGCAUUGGUGCCCCGCGCCGCCUGGAGGCCGCCGAGGCUCGCCAUGCCGGGAGGACUCUAGCUCCCCCAUGGAGUCGGCCGACUUCUACGAGGCGGAGCCGCGGACCCCGAUGAGCAGCCACCUCCAGAGCCCCCAGCACGCGCCCAGCAGCGCCGCCUUCGGCUUCCUCCGGGGCGCGGGCCCCGCGCAGCCCCCCGCCCCACCUGCCGCCCAGGAGCCGCUGGGCGGCAUCUGCGAACACGAGACGUCCAUCGACAUCAGCGCCUACAUCGACCCGGCCGCCUUCAACGACGAGUUCCUGGCCGACCUGUUCCAGCACAGCCGGCAGCAGGAGAAGGCCAAGGCGGCCGCGGCCCCGGUGGGAGGCGGCGGAGGCAGCGACUUUGACUACCCGGGCGCCCUGGUGGGACCCGGAGGCGCUGUUAUGCCCGGGGGGACGCACGGCCCCCCUCCCAGCUACGGCUGCUCGGCCGCCGGCUAUCUGGACGGCAGGCUGGAGCCCCUGUACGAGCGCGUCGGGGCGCCGGCACUGCGGCCGCUAGUGAUCAAGCAGGAGCCGCGCGAGGAGGACGAGGCGAAGCAGCUGGCACUGGCCGGCCUCUUCCCCUACCAACCGCCGCCGCCGCCGCCACCGCACCCGCACCCGCCCCCCGCGCCCCUGGCUGCCCCGCACCUGCAGUUCCAGAUCGCGCACUGCGGCCAGACCACCAUGCACCUGCAGCCCGGCCACCCCACGCCGCCGCCCACGCCCGUGCCCAGCCCGCACCCAGCGCCCGCGCUCGGCGCCGCUGGCCUGCCGGGCCCCGGCGGCGCGCUCAAAGGGCUGGCCGCUGCGCACCCAGAUAUCCGCGCGGGCGGCGGCGGCGGCGGCGGCGGAGGCGGCGCGGGCAAAGCCAAGAAGUCGGUGGACAAGAACAGCAACGAGUACCGGGUGCGGCGGGAGCGCAACAACAUCGCGGUGCGCAAGAGCCGGGACAAGGCCAAGCAGCGCAACGUGGAGACGCAGCAGAAGGUGCUGGAGCUGACCAGUGACAAUGACCGCCUGCGCAAGCGGGUGGAACAACUGAGCCGCGAACUCGACACUCUGCGGGGCAUCUUCCGCCAGCUGCCCGAGAGCUCCUUGGUCAAGGCCAUGGGCAACUGCGCGUGAGGCGCGCCACGGCGGGACCGCCCUGGGCCGACCCCCCGGCUGGGACCCAGGGAAUAGUUUCGGGUCUCCGGAUCUCAAGACUGCCCAAGCCACGCAGGCCAGGACUAGGAGAUUCCGAUGCCGCCUGAAAGCCUGGACUGUCGCGCGUGCCCCUUGCCUUCUUCUGCGCGCGGGACACGGUGCGUCUAAGAUAAAGGGUCAGGCAGUAGUUUCUCCCUGUAAGAGAGAAGUUCCCCCGGGGCCAAGCCGGGAGCCUGGCAACUCUAGUAUUAAGGAAUAACCUUGUGCCUUGGAAAUGCAAACUCACUGCUCUGAUUCCUACCAAGUAGGGGGAGCGAAUAUGUGCCUUGUCAUUUUAUUUUGAGGGUUCCUGCCGUGGUCCCAAGGCUGCAAGGCUGCAGCAGGCCCCCCGUGAGAGAGGAGGGGUGCAGGCUUCCGGCUGGAGGAAGGUUCGGGGAGCAGAGAUCCUAUAAGCCAGUCCCAGCUGCUCCUCAGCUCCUUGUCCUUGGAGAGGAGGAAACGGGGAUCUGGGCUUUGUGAACCUAAGGCUGUUCCCCUAGUUCUACAUGAAGGUGGGGGGGGUCCCUAGUUCCUCGUCUCUAACCUCCCAGCCUACAACAGACGGGGCUUCCAGGGCAGAACUCCCUGAAUGGGAGUCCCCAUGUGACCAGUGGGAGACCUCACCCCCAGUCAGACCAGAAAGCGAGGCGUGGAUUGGCUAUAAGGACAUAUGUACAUGGGAGUGGUGGCCUGGUGGAAGAAGGGAGCCUACAGGUCUGGUCCGGGGGUUGGGAGAGGGGUGAAAGGGACUCUGGGACCAUCAACCGUGUCUGUACUGUAUGUUGCCAGCAUUGCCAUACAAACAUGAAGCACAGUCCGCCCAUCCCAGAGGGACCCGAGUUAUGAGAAGCUUUCCAAAUAUUUUGCUUUAUCAGCCGAUAUCAACAUUUGUAUCUGGCCUCUCUGUGUCCCAGUGGUGCCUUGUGCAAUGUGAAUGUGCAUGUCUAUGCUAAACCACCAUUUUCUUUGGUUUUUGUUUUGUUUUGGUUUUGCUCAGAUACUUGCCAAAAUGAGACUCUUCGUCAGCAGCUGCAGGGAGGGUCUGCGGCUCUCUUUCCUUUUGGCUUUGGGAUUGCUUUUGCUCCCGGAGGAACCAAAGAGGCAAGAUGGGCUUCCCCUUUCCCCUCAGCUUGCCCUGAGGGGGGGGGGGCGGUGGCUGUGGACCUCGGUCCCCUCUGGCCCCAAGCUGCCCACAGGCUUGUCCCGCGCAGAGGCCUGGCUCCGGGUCUGGGAAGGGAGGCGGCCUCCAGCCAGCACACAGAUCGCGGGCUUGGGAGCAGAGGAGGACAGCUGGGUUCUCUUCUUCUGAGGAGAACGUAGAGUUUCAUGCUAGAUGUUUUAUGUGUUAUAUCUAUAAUAUAAACAUAUCAAAGUAAA